AUGAGACAUUUUGGUGGUAUAUUUGGUAAAUUUCCCGAAGAAAUUGUCCAGAAAUUUUAUGGCUUAAUUAGCAGUCCAUCAGUUGUAAACACUUUUCAUGUUGUGUAUAGUUCUGUUUGGUACUUGGUCUUAGCUCUUGCACCAUUCAUUUCUUAUCUUCUUUCUUCCUCUAUCCCUUUUUCUCUAUGGAUAACCUUUAACGGACUUGCUUAUGAUGCUUUAUCUGAUAUAUAUACUGUCAUAGUUUGUGAACUUAUUGCGUUUGAUCUUUCCAGCAAUCUUGGUGACAUCAGUCGUUGUGAUUUGCAUGUUAAAUUACUUAAAUCAGUAUUGCUUUCUACUUGUUUUGAGAUUCGCAAUGGUGCAUUUCAAAAGCUUAUUCCUGCACUACAACGUGAUAAUCAACUUAUUCAUUGGAUCCUUCAUGAAUUUGCCCCUAGCCUCUCAGGUUGUGAAAAACCCGAUGAAACACUUUUGAAAGCACAACUUUUACUCGCUAAAUUAUGUGUUAAAAAUCAGCGAUUUGUAGGAAAAUAUCUUUCUUGGAAUUCAUUUAUCAGCAGAAAUACUGUUAUUUAUGCGUUAAUGCAUUCCAAAUUAGAGUUGCGACUUGGUGCUUGGAAUCUCAUAACUGAUCAUCCUAAGCCAACUUUUAAAAUAGCCAUCGAUGAAGUUGAUUUAUUUAAAGCUUUUCUUGCGAGCAAUUUUUGUGAGCAAAGUCCUGCUGCCCGGCAAAUAAUUUUAACUGGAUUGAAGAAGGCUUCCUUACCUUUGCCUUGUUUUUUUCAAUCUUAUCAUUUUCAGUCGGAAAUUUUAAUUGGAUUUUCAUUUUAUAUGAAUUUAACGACAUUGCUUGUACGUAUUAGAGAGAUCACGAAUUCAUCAGUGAAAUCUUGCACCAAAUUAGGUGAAUUCGAAUGUUAUGCUGGUUUUAUAGAGUGGCUUAGCAGAAUAUGUUUCGAUUCGUUGCAGCCUGGCGCAAAAUUUAAUCGUCGUUUGUUGGCUUUACAAUUUAUCAGUUGUAUCUUUAAGGAACCAUUUUUGUGGAUACCUGGAAAAGAAAUGUUUUUCCAAACAAUUUUGCCAAGGAUUUCUCCAAAUAGCUCGAUGAUUUCUUGCUUAAUUAAUUGUCUUAAUGAUUCAUUCGAACUUUGUCAAGAUAUCGCAUUUGAUUUGCUCACCUCGUGCGACUUUGUUACUGAUAUUAAUUUGGUCGAUUUUCUUGAGGACACAAAAAAGCUUUUAUUUUCUAUCCGCUUUGUUAACACAUUGGUCUGCGGUUAUCGUUUGCGCUAUUUUGUUUAUAAAGUACCAAGUGAAUUCUGCGGAAUUUUCGAUUUUCUUUUGGAAAUUACACAAGUGCGAUUGAAACUCUCGAAAAACGACUUGGUGAAUAUAGUUACCAAAGAAGGUCAACUUCAUCCAAUUUUGAAUGCUAUAUCUGUCUUAAUUAAUUGCGAAAAGUGGGAAGAUAUGAGUUACGAACGAUAUCAGUGGUGGUCAACAAGGUUAUUCGAUAAACUUAUGCCUAUAUGUAUUGAAAUAAGCAAUCUGCUAGCGCCAGUUGUGCAUUGUUUAUCUCCUGAAGGCUUUAUUCCUUGCGGAUUGCAUGUAAAUUUAUCUCAUUCGUUCGCUUUUUUGUCCACAGAUUAUGAUUCGGAUGAUUUUAUAAAUAGUCAAAAUAAUGGAUGUCAAAUAUUACUUUUGCCUAUUCCUUCAUUUCUUACUUUUGAAAUUCUUCAUGGAAUUCGCGAUUACUUUUGGUCACAGUUAACUGAAUGUAAACAUUUUGGUGUAAUAGAAAGUGCAGUUAACGGCUUUGAAAGCCUCUGUAAACGAAUGUGGGUAAUUGAAGAAUCAAAAUUAAAUGGAAAUUCAAUCAUCGAACCUGAAAAAUGGCUUUUUAAUAUUUUGAAGAUUAUUCGUGAUAAUGAAGCUUGUGAGAAUCUAUGUUUAACUCGUCGCAGUGCUGGUUUGCCACAUUUAAUCUGCUCCAUAUUGCGCACUGAGCCAUCUAAACGAAAUUCGAAGAGUUUGGAAGUGGCGCUAGAUUUCUUACUUAAUAUUCAUAAUUUACCCACAGAUUCAAAAAUUCAUUGUAUCAACAUUCUUCGUAUAAUUUUUCUUGAUUGCCGCUUGUCAAAAAAAAUGGUCGACAGAGCCGAACGGUCCUUGGCUCUUUGUAUUAUAUUAUUUGAUUCUCCACAAUGGUCUGUGCGAAAUUCUAUUUCUCAACUUUUUGCUGUCCUUAUAAUUCGCAUAUUUGGAGUAAAUCGUUUUGCGCAGCAAUUCUAUAUUCAUCCAAAAAAUCGUUUUUCUUCCUUAGAAUUUUUCAACAGAUAUCCAUCACUGUUUGAUAUUAUACAUUCACAACUUUUGAAUUCCUGUGGAGCGAGAUUCAGUGUUUUCGCUUUGCUUACAAUACUUAGUUAUCUUAAUCCUUCUAAUGCAGAUAAUAAUCCUUUUCCACUUUCCGCUUUCAUUUUUCCUACAUUAAAUAUUAUGUUGAAAUGUAAAUGUGAAAAAUUAAGGCAGCUUGGUGCGGCUGUUCUGCAUUCUAUAUUGACCCUCGAGUUAAAUUUAUUAAUUGGUUGUCUUACAUCUAUUAGCAUUCAAGCGCGAUCUCACAUUUACUGCAUUAUUUCCAAAAAUUUAUCCGAGAACUGGUGUAAUUAUAACAAAGCGAUCCUUGCCGAUCUAUCCAGCCAGUGCAAAUUCAAUUUGGAUGUUACUCAUUUAAAAUUAUUCUUAUCUGGUUCUGCUCCUUCUAUAUUCCGGCCAUUGGGGAGUUUGGUUGCCCGUACUUUAACAGGGAAUUCAAAUACCACUGAAGCUUAUGAGCUAAAGUCAUUGGUACUGAAUAAUCCUUAUCUGCGAUUCGAAUUGUGGCGAUCCAUUUCAAAACACUAUGAACAAAUAUAUUUAGACGAAGAUUACAUAGAAAAGGCAAUAUCUGAUCUAUCUGAUGCAAAUGAGGAUGUUUUACUUCAUAUUUUAAAUAUAUUGGUGAGGAUUGCAUCAGGAGAAUUUGGUGAGGGAGAUGCAGAUUUAAGAGGAAAACUAAAUUCUUUUUAUUGUUGGUUAUCCGGUAAACUUUUUAGAAGAAAAACAAUUCAAGAUUUGGCGUAUUUAUUGAACAUAAUAAUUUCUUCCACAUUUUCUGAUUACGAUUGGCUGGUGGAUUCUGCUGGAAGUGAAUCUUUCGAAUCAAGGUUAAUUGCAGUUAGAGCCAUAACGUGGUUGACAAAAAAAGAAAAUAUCGAUAUGAAUGAAGUUUUACGGUCGAGCAUGAUUCUUCUUCAGGAUGAAGAGCAAAAAAUAAGGGAAAUGGUCGCAAUUUGUAUUAGCGAAUUUCUCGGUUAUUCUCCACUAAAUUCUCAGAUCAUCAUCUGGAUAAUCGCUAAAAGUUUUCCUGCAUUAGCUGUACAAAUGGAUGAUGCAACAGCAGUUGGUGAAGUGCAGGAAGAACGUCUUUUUGAUGCUUGUUGUUCCAAUUCUUAUGCAGAAAAAUGCCUUAUUGGAAUUGAUUUGUUGGAUGACAUAUUAGUAUUAUUAUAA